UGGGCAUUCCCAAGCUGUGGUGGGCAGGAAGCUGGGAGCAUCCCCAGCCUGGCAGUGACUGGUCAGUCCUGCCCUGGAGUGCCCAGUGAGGGCAGCUCAGCAACACUGGGUUGCAGGAGUUUAUUUUUACCCAGCCCUGUUGCCAACGGGGACAUGUCACAUCUGUGGAGUUGAUCAAAAGACAUCCCGAGCACUGGUGUCAGCUGCUCCUUGUGAUCUCAGCACCAGGAUCUUUUCCCUUGUGGCAUAUCAAAAGGAGCAGGAGAAUUUGGCUGCUCUGCUAUUUUUAAUUGCACGCACACACGCACACACAGACACACGUAUAUCUGUGUAUGUAUGGCUUGGCUAAAAAUAAAAGCCUUUGCCUGUGUUCCCAUGGGAAGAUUUGGGGAGAAGGGGGAGACAAAGUUGUCACAAGACUUUUUCUGGAGCAGGGACAGGAAGGCAGGGACAAGCCACAGCAGUAUGAGGUGUCUGGCGAGGAGCACCUCUACUCUGACUUCCCUGAGAUCGAUCUGUCCCAGCUGGACGCCGGUGACCUGGACUCUGCUGGCUGCUUCAGCGAGCUGCACUGGGCUGGGGAGCGCUCAGAGACCGACUCCAGCCAGUACAGCACCGACGACUCCGAGCUCUUCCAGAUAAUAGACAGCGAGAACGAAGCACUGCUGGCAGCCCUCACCGAGACUUUGGAUGAUAUACAGGGAGAUGACAUGGGCCUGGCUGCCUUCCCAACUAUGGAAGAGGGGGACACGCUCAACCCUGCCACCACCUCACCUGCCCCCUCCCCCAAACCCACCGCCCCGGUCUCGGGGGGGCCGCCCCCGGCCCCCGAGUGUGAUGAGCUGUCUCUACUGAAGAAGCUGCUCCUGUCUCCAUCACCUCCGAGCUGUGAGGUUCAGCGGGACGGGAGCGCCCGGCGCCCGGGGACCCCAAAAUCCCGUCCUGCACGGCCCUGCACAAAGGUGGAGGGUCCCCGGGACAGGAGGGCGAGCAUCCCGCAGGCGCAGAGCCGCAGCUGCACGGAGCUGCACCGGCACCUGACCUCCAGCAGCUCCUGCUCCCAGACCAAAGCCCCCCAGGCACCCGAGGAGUGCCCGGGCAGCGGCCACCACCCGUCCCUGGGUGACUGUGCCCAGCACGAGGACGACAGCGACUGCAGCGAGGACUCGCUGAGCUCUGGUGACUCGGUGGAGGACGGCCCUGGCAGCCAGUUCUCCUGCCAGGGGGAGCUGCACUCGGUGCUGGAGCUGAUCCGCUACAUGCACACCUACUGCCUGCCCCCCCGCAAGCUGCCCGCCCGCGAGCCCGCCGACAGCAAACCCCAGCCCUGCUGCAGCCCCUUCAAGAGAGCCAAAGCGGACUGUGCCCCCGCGCCGGGCGCUGCCCAGAGCCGCCCUGGCAGCUGCAAGAAGCCCGGAGCGUCCUUCUCCAUCCUGAAGGAGCUGCUGGCGCGGGACCUGCUGUGCGACGUGAGCAAGCCGUACCGCCUGGGCAAGCCCGUGUACGCAGCCCUGGCGCGGCCCCCCGGCUCCUGCUCCCCCGUGCCCGAGGGUGAGGAUGCCAGCGGGACGUGCACGUCCAGAGUGAGAGCAGCGGCGGCGGAGAAGGGAGAGCCCCGGCAGAGCCCCGAGGCGGAGGUGCCAGGGGAGCUGGGUGGCCCUGAGGACGAUGCUGGCAGGCAGGAGGGCACCCUGGGCACGGCCAAGGUGGCCCGCAAGCAGGACAGCGCUGUUCACGCCGUGCGCCGCUCCAAGAGACUCAACCCCGAGUUUGGGCACUGGCUCUCCUUCCUUGAGCCUCCCACCGAGUGCUCGGUGCCCCUGGGCUGCAGGGAGGCCCAGUGCCCAGUGCUGGAGGGCUUCUCUGCCGAGGAGCCGGCUGCUGAGGUGGAGGUGGGGGGCACAGCCCCGCCGGCAGAGCCCCAGCCCCUCUGCCUGGGCUCCCUGGGGGAUGGCGAGCUGGGCACUGAGAGCCAGCGCUGUGCCCUGCUGGAGCAGACAGAAACACCCCGGUGUCUCACGCUGUCCUUGGCACAAACUGACCCAACCUUUGGGAAGAGAAACUUUGAGCCAAUGCUGACUGUGGAGCUGUGUGGGACAGCAGGUCUCACUCCGCCCACCACUCCACCAUACAAACCCGCCGAGGAGGACCUGUACAAGCCAGACAUCCCCCAGGAGCCAGGGAAGGAGGAGGGGAUCACCCCCGGCCCCGGGGGCACCGGGGACGUGGCAGCCUCGAGGAAAGCCCCCAGGAAGCACCCGGAGAGGACAGAGCUGCUGGCCCACCUGAGCCGGCCGCUCCCCGAGCAGCAGGGGCUGCUCAAGAGACCCUUCUCCCGCUCCUUCGGGGACCACGACUACUGCCAGGUGCUGAAACCCGAGGCUGCCCUGCAGAGGAAGGUGCUCAAGUCCUGGGAGCCCCCGAGCCAGGUGGAGACAGAGCACAAGAGGAGGGUCCCAGCUGCUCACUACCAGGGACUGGAGCUGGGCAAGGACACGGGCACCGAGAUGCUGUGGAAGGACGGCGUCAAGCAGCUGAGAGACCAGGAGAUCAGAGCCAGCUUAACAAAGCACUUUGGCUUUCUGGACAGUGCCCUCGACGACGAGGACAUGGUCUUCUGCAAGACCCCCGAGUACGACACCGUCUUUGAGGACAGCUGCAGUGAGAGCGGCUCCCCCGGGGAGGAGGAGGAGGAGGAGGAAGAGGAGGAGGAAGAGGAGGAGCAUGGCAACACCAAGCUGUGCCUGAGGAGAAACCCCCUUUCCAGGACCAGUUUGCAUUACUGCUCCAGGAGCAGGUCCAGCUCGGGCUCCUCGUGCUGCCGCUCGCGGUCACCUGCCAGCAGACGCACCUUCAGGUGUGAGAACGGCGAGCAGUGUCAGCUUGGCAGCGGGCACCGGGGCCAGCUGAAGAAGAGACGGGAAAAGGCCAUUGGGGAAGGCCGGGUGGUGUACAUCAGAAACCUCUCCAGCAGCAUGAGCUCCAGCGAGCUGAAGAAACGCUUCGAGGUGUUUGGUGAAAUCGUGGAGUGUCAGGUCCUGUCCAGGACUAACAGGGGGGAGAAGUACGGCUUCAUCACGUACCGCUACUCCGAGCACGCCGCCUUAUCGCUGAGGAACGGCCCCUCGCUGAGGAAGAGGAACGAGCCCUCCUUCCAGCUCAGCUCUGGGGGCCUGGGCCGCUUCUUCUGGACCAGAUAUGCUGACCUGGAUUGCAGCACGGACGAGUCCUCCCCAGCUCCGGUGAAAAGCAAGUUCGAGACCAUGGAUUUCGACAGCUUGCUGCAGGAGGCCCAGCUCAGCCUGCAUCGGUAACAGCCUUAACCUUGGAGGAAUACCUCAAUACCUCAGUCAAGGCACUUCCAAUAUGUUUACGUUUUCAAAGAAAUUCUUCAGUCUAUGGCAAGAGAGAGAGAGCGAGAGAGAGCGAGAGCACGCCCGCGAGAGAGAGACUGCUGUCCCCUGAUCGAUGUUUACAUUGAACAAAGCUGCUUCUGUCUGUGAGUCCCCAUGGUGUUGAUGUCUCACUGCCACACGUUAGUCCCCUCCCUCUGCUUCUGACUGGUUGUUUUAGGGUGAGCCUAGGAGCCCCCCAGCCCCUCUUCCCCCUCCCAGCCCUCCCCAUGCUCCCGCUGUGGAGUUGCAGCUGUGUUCACCAUAACAUUUUUUUGUCCGUAGUGUGUGAUGAUGAAAUUGUUCAUUGUGAAUAGA